UCGCACCACUGCACUCCAGCCUGGGUGACAGAGCGAGACUCCAUCUCAAAACAAAACAAACAAAAACAAGAAACAAAACAAAACAAAAAACAGGGUCAAGUGAGAUAAGAAGCCCACUGGGUUUGGCUACUGGGAAACUGCUGGUGGCCUUUGCCAAAGCUAUUCAGAUUGGGGGGCAGAUGGCUACCAUGUUGCAGGUGGCUGGAAGAGAAGAAAGAGGUGGAGACACUGAGCUCACUGAAGGUAGGGACUUGGCCUCUUUUCUAGUGCUGAGUGAAGUCACCCAACAUAUGUCCUCUAAAUGAAUGAGUGAAUCAAUUUGGAUUGAAAGGGGUAUAUGCAAUGGUAGGAGAAACAGGAUUGACAGAGUGUUUUGUUUUAUGAUGUUUAUAGCCUGUAAGGGGGGAAAAAAGAAGCCAGUAAAGAAGAAGGUGUCAAUUCUGGCUGGGACCUGAAUAUAGAUGCUUUGGGCAUGAGAAAGGAGGGACAUCCCUUUCCCAGGCAAGCAAAGUUGAUGAGGAUUGGAGUGUCCACAGAUAAUGGCAGUGAAAUUAUCUGCUGAGAGAACCAGUGGUUGCAGGAGUUUCCAGGAAGUGCUUAAAGUCAUUCAUUCACUCUUUUGUUCAUUUAACAAAUUUUGAAUAUUUGCUGUGCUGCGGAAAACAGGAGGAGGAGCUGAUCAGAGACUUGUAGGAGGAUGACCAAGUGCCACUGAAGGCUUGCUGAAGAUGCCAAGCAAUCAGUUUCCCUUCCUUAAGCAGACCUGAAGUCCAGUGCCUCAAGGGACAAAGUUAGCUGUGGGAAGGAAAGGCAAAGGGGCAGACUCUGUCUUGUGGCUGCUGAUGGGGAGCUGCCACCCCAGUUGGAGGUCUGCUCAGGGUCAUCCUCUGUCCAGGCUCCACACACCCUGGGACAGUUUCUGGAGCUGUCCCUCCUUGCCUAGACCCUGGCUGGCUCCUAUUCAUCACUCUAACUCUAGUGAUGCCCCUUCCAAGAAGUCUUCCGUAGUCCCCUGUCCUCCUUUCCAGUCCUGGUAGGUGGCCCUUGUCCUGUGCUACCAUUUCCCUGUCAGCAUCUGUAUCACACUAUUGUCAUGAACCUCCUGUGUCCCUCUCCCCUCCCCCUCACCCCUCCAACCCCGCAACCCCUCAAGAGCAGGGACUGUUGUUUUAUCUCUGCAUCUCCAGGAUGCAGUGGCGCCUGACAUGUGGAACUUCUCGGGGUAUGUUUGGUGAAUAAAUGGCACAGGGAGGGGGCUGCUGCCACCACUGCCACUCUGUGCUCUCUCAGAUGUAAACAGGUUACCCAGCUGGGAGAGAGGACAUCUGCUGGCUGGUGUGGCGUCCAGCACGGAUGUGUCUACCUUCUCUGAAGAUGCCAGAGGGGACCCCUUUCUCAAGGCCACAAUCACCCCAUUCAUUUGUAUAGAACUUUAUGGCACGUAAGUAUCUUUGACAUAUGUGAAUUGAGUAUGCCCAACAACCCUGCAAAAUAGGUAUGACCACCAUCCCAUUUUGUGGAUAAGGAAACUAAAGGCUCAGAGAAGUAAAGGAAUUUGCCCUAGACCACCCAGCUAGUAAGUGACAGACCCACGACUCGGGCUCAGGCCUGACUACAAGUUCAGGGCAAUUUGCCACUAUGCUGCCCUUUGGCCCAGCUCAGCAGUGCUGAGGAAGGCUGAGGUGGUGGUGAAGUUUCAGGGUCCUGCCACACACUCAUGCCUUCCUCAUCUUCCUGGGGGAUAAAGGGUACAAAAGGGGAGGAGAAAGACACAGAUCACCCAUGGGUCAGCGGUGUAGUGAGGACCCAGGACUUCACAGCCUUGUGUGGGAAAGGGAAGGAGGGAGAAAUGUGAGUAAGCCUCAGUCCAAGCUGCUGCACUGUGAGGCCACUUGGACUCACACCACAGCCUGGGCUCAUUGCUGGCUGGUGACCAGUAUGAGGUCUCACCCUAGUUCCUCUCCUCGUGGGCGCUGGCAAAGGCACAGUCCUCAUGGCCUGUUUGAGGGUAAGCCAGCCACAGCACCCCAGGCCAGUGCCGGCUCCCUCCCUCCCCCAGGGGUGCAGGGGAAUCCGAGGUAAGGUCUCUUGUCCUCUGCCUGGUGAGUGAGAUUCUGGGCUGUGAGAGGCGCAGAGUUGCCUCAUGGGCUUACCUUUGAGAGGGGACAGCCAGUGGUAGAUCAGGGCCUUAGGCAGGGUCAGAGGUGAGGCAGUGGUGGUAGACUGGGGAAAUUCUCCUGUCUUCAGGACUGGCAUUGAGCUGAGCAACAGAGGUGGGGGCCUUUCUCCAGGGCUUUCCCCUAACCCCAAAUUCUUACCCCAGCAGCUUCUUCCUGUGCCCUGGGAAAGGGGCUGUGGUCUCUGUGCUGCCUAAAAGGGUGCCUAGGCUGGGGGUGGGUCGUUCAAAAGCCUGGCACUCUAGGCAGUGGGGAGAGUGUGGGAAGGUGCUGCGUAAAGAACAGGGAAAGGAUCAAGAAGCGGGCAUGGGAAGGGAGGGGAGUGAGAAACGUGUCAGGCGGGAGGAGAAAAGGGGCUUGAAGAAGGGAGGAGGGGGAAGUGGGGAGGGAAGGACGAGACAGAAGCUAAGGAGCAUGAUGCGGGCCUUAGCUCCUGGCCAGGCUGUGAGAGAUCAGAGUGGGCCAGGGCAGGUGUAGGAACUGAGGAUGCUGCAGCUCUGCUGCUCCUGGGGCUCCGGGGUGCCAUGGCAGGAGGGCCUUCUCCUACCAGGUACCUUGUGGAGCAGGGCUACCACUCAUUGUGGGUAGCUGGGUGAAGGGCAGGCAGGAGCCAGUGGAAGCCUCCCACUGGAGGGAGAGGACAGAAGUAACAGGGAAUCACAGGACUGCAGGGGGCUUGGUGAGGGUCUCCUGUGUAUCAGACAUGGAACCAGACAUUUUGCCGGGACCUGGGGUUACUCUGGGGCCAAGUUACUACUACUGAAGCAGAAACACUUCUUGGGGUGGGGACAGCUGGUGGUGGCAGGUGAAUUUGGUGAGGUUUUAGCUUGAGCUGUGGGAAGACCCAGAGGUCUGCGGCUGCUGCUGAUGACCCAGACCCCUGCCCCCUCAGGUGACUGCAAGGAACCUGACAAGUGCUGCUGGAAACACAAGCAGUGCACUGGGCACAUCAUCUACCCCUUCGCCUCUGACUGUGUCUGCCACAGCCUGCACCUACGCUCUGUCAACCACUGCAACUGUAAUUCUAGGCUGAAGGACUGCUCAGAGGACAGCAGCAGCUCCCGGGGUACGGGCCCAACCUGCUCCCAUGUCAUCGAGUCCCCUUGCUUUGAGCUCACACCAGAGGAGCAGCAUGUGGAGCGAUUCUGGUAUGGCUGGUGCAAAAGCUACAGACCUGUCUCUGUGGCGGUGAUCCACCAUCCCCUCCACCAUGAGUGUGGGGCAGAUGAUCUAAAUGAAGAAGAGGAAGAGGAGGAGCAGGAAAGCAAGCCCCCCAUCCCAACGCAGGUGGGGCCUGCCACCGCCUCCCCUGACCUAGGCACCACCAUGGCCACUGGUACCCCUGACUCCGCAGCGCCCAUCACCAUCUGGCGCUCUGAGAGCCCCACAGGGAAGGGUCAGGGCAGCAGGGUGAUCAAGAAGGUAAAGAAGAAAAAGGAAAAAGAGAAAGACAAGGAGGAGGAGAUGGAUGAGAAGGCAAAGCUGAAAAAAAAAGCCAAGAAAGGCCAGUUGACUAAGAAGAAAAGCCCGGUUAAAUUGGAGCCUUCCCCGCCAGACGUGAGGCGAUCAUUAAGCCCAAGACAGCUGGCCAGGAUGUCCGAGUCCAGCCCAGAAAGCAGGGAAGAGCUGGAGAGCGAGGACAGUUACAAUGGCCGGGGGCAGGAGGAACUGUCCAGCGAGGAUAUUCUGGAAUCAUCAUCGCCCAGGAAGAGAGAGAACACAGUUCAGGCCAAAAAGACAGGGGCAAAGCCCUCACAAGCCAGGAAGGUAAACAAAAGAAAAUCUCCCCCAGGAUCAAACCCCAACCUCAGUUGAGGCCAGGGUGGUCAGGGUGCAGAAUAAAUGCCAUCGAGCCUGUGGCUGGCCCUCUGCUGCUGUUCUCUCCCUCCAACCUGGCUGUUUCUUACGGGGCAAGGGGUGGGCUCAGGGCUGCGGGGGUUUCUCAAAGGCAAUCCAGCUUUCACAAAGGAAGUCCAUGGGAAGGCAGGUGGGAGGGAAAGGAAGGGGCACAGCCAUAUUUCCUCUUACCUGCUAGGACAAGGUGGAAGAGUAUAUCUGGGUGGGAAGGAGGACUUCCCCUCUCUCCUGGGAGAGACUCUCGGUCUGUGUGAAACCCACUUCUGGGAGAGGCAGUACUGUCUGCAGUGAUACCCCCAAUAAAUGGAACUUUUUAACCCA